UUGUAUAUUUAGUCCGUGUUCAUUAAGUGUCACAUUUUACAUUUGUAAUUAAAUGUAGUUUUCGUGUGUUAUCAUGGAAGAAACUAAAGUUAUCUAUCAUAUUGACGAAGAAGAAACUCCUUAUUUAGUUAAACUGCCAAUCGCUCCUGAGAGAGUCACUUUGGCGGACUUCAAAAAUGUCCUCAAUAGACCGAACUACAAGUAUUUCUUCAAGUCAAUGGACGAUGAUUUUGGGGUGGUGAAAGAAGAAAUAAUAGAUGAUGACGCCCAUCUACCAUGCUUUAAUGGCAGGGUUGUGUCUUGGCUUGUUUCAGCAGAGGGAAGUAAUGUUUCUGAUGGUACAUCGCAGUGCACUGAGAGUGCGGGACAUUCCGACGGUAAAAACCAACCUGAAAGAGCCGCUGAGCCACCUCCAAUCAACGCAACUCACACAGUUCGCACAAACACAGAUGACCUAACAUGUACGGAAACUGAAUCCAUCAUAAGUUCACGACCUGGUGGUCAUCACAAUAUACACAAGGAGGCCCGUCCCCAUGUCGACAAGUACGAGAAGUACCAUAAAUAUAAUGGUAUCCGGAUCAACGGCCACGGCAAGAUGCGCAGCAUGCCGGGUGGUCACGGCUAUGAGAGUUCGUCCAUGUUGAGCUCUGAUCUGGAGACAACAAGUUUCCUGGAGUCCGAAGACGACGCUUCAAGUCAUAUCACUACCACCACCGGCCGCGCAACCAAUCUCUCCAUUGAUAGAAUGGACUCAAGCAGCAUGGUAUCCCGGUCACGUCGCAGGCCUCAGCGGCGACGUAGACAUCGUCAGCCACUAGCCAUGUCUCGUACUUCCUCCUUCUCCUCCAUCACCGACUCCACGAUGAGCCUGAACAUCAUCACGGUGACUCUUAACAUGGACACAGUCAACUUCCUGGGCAUCAGCAUUGUCGGCCAGAGCAACAAGGGUGGGGAUGGCGGAAUCUACGUUGGCUCCAUCAUGAAAGGAGGUGCAGUUGCGCUGGAUGGAAGGAUAGAGCCGGGAGAUAUGAUACUGCAGGUGAAUGACAUCAACUUUGAGAACAUGUCCAACGAUGAGGCAGUCAGGGUGCUGCGAGAAGUUGUACAAAAACCAGGACCCAUCAAGCUGGUCGUGGCCAAGUGUUGGGAUGCCAACCCCAAGGGCUACUUUACCAUCCCCAGAACUGAACCCGUCAGACCCAUUGACCCAGGAGCAUGGGUUGCCCACACUGCUGCCAUCAGGGGUGAAACUUUCCCUCUGAGGCCUCCGUCAGUGACAACUCUGACUUCCACUAGUUCUUCCAUCACCUCCAGUCUCCCAGACACAGAGAAGCCCUUUGACGAGCUACACCUGACGGUCAACACUGACAUGGCCACCAUUGUGAGAGCGAUGGCUAGACCAGACUCUGGCCUAGAGAUACGUGACAGAAUGUGGCUCAAGAUCACGAUACCCAACGCGUUUAUCGGUGCUGAUGUAGUGGACUGGCUAGACACACACGUAGAAGGGUUUGUAGACCGCAGAGAUGCUCGGAAGUACGCCUCUCAGAUGCUCAAAGCUGGUUACAUCCGUCACACGGUCAACAAGAUCAACUUCUCCGAGCAGUGCUACUACAUCUUCGGUGAACUGCUCACCACAGGUUCAGAAUAUACAGCUCUCGAAGCCAUGUCGUCACUCAAGCUGGACGACUGUGUGAGUGUAGACAGAGACACUGUAGGUCCUCUGCCCCACCCUGGCUGGCCAGCUCAGAUGCCGUACAGUGGCACCUACAUGCCACACACUCACGCUCCCAUGCCUUUCAACUACACUACGGAGACACCCCUCUAUGGCUUUAACAGGGAUGAAAGCUUACACAGUGGAUCAGGAAGCAGCAACGGGUCGCAGCACUCGCGAGUGUGCGCACCAGCCACACACAAGAGUGGGGGUAGCUCUGCCAGCGAGAGUGGAGUGGACAUACCUCACAAGACCAACCACAACCCCCACAGUCGUAGCGGAGGCAGUAGGAGCAGCGGGUCCUCUGUUGCUACAGCGACCACCUCACCCCAGCCUCCCCCACCUCACCCCCCUGCCCCCACCACUGCAGACAACGACCUCUCCGCCAGCCGACAGUCCUUCCGCAUGGCCAUGGGCAACCCCUCCAGCUGACUGAGAAGGGAUUGAGUUUAUACGUAUGUAUACGACCAACCAGACUCUCUGCGUUAAUGUUACGGCUUUCUCUCGUUUAAGCUGUUGAUUGCUCAUAUUGAAAUGUUUUUCAAACGUCUCUUAAAAUUCCAUGUUUUUAUAGAGCGUAAAGAAGUAAUUUUUUGUAAAUGUACAAUUUGUUUAGUUCGCCAUUUUCUGCUGCUACAAUUUUUCCAAUGUUUUCUAGAUAUUACACUACGUGGUAUGUGUACCCUCUGUUGUUUUUUAUAUGUACCCCAAAGCUAGGAUUAAAUUAUAUCACUGUUAAAAUUAUAUAUGAAAAAUUAACUAACCAAUCUGUACUAGUAAAAGUAAAAAAUAGCUACAUUUAUAAAACUUUUUACUUAAACUUAUGCUUGAUCCUGCCCAGUCAUCGAUAAAAUUUGUUUACAAUAACAUAACAUUCCUCAAUUUAAAGGAUCAUUUUCUCAUGUGUAUUAUUAUAUAGUAAAACAAUCAUCUUCAAGUUAAGUCAGUGCUCUAAAUAAAAAUUUGAAUUAUGAUAGUGUACUAAAAAUAAGUUAACAUAACCUAUUUAAUUGAUUAAAUAUCUGGUUUGAUACAGUAAUUUGUACGAGUUUGGCUCAAAUUUUGUGUAGAAACGUUAAUUGAUAACCUGGCCUAAUAUUUUUCUCUUGUAAGAUAAUGAAAACCCAUCUAGAAAUCAAAAGAUAACCUGUGUUGUAAAACUAUAUCUCACCAUAGCUCAUUUAAGUGCCAUAAACAUUUUCUACAAAAUAUAACUCCUAACAAAUAAUAAAGCAAUGUUUUAAGUAAAUUGGUCAUCUUGAUAAGUAAUUGAUCAACUUGUGUGGGGAUAUUUUGGCCAAACGUUGAAAUGUUGAAAUAUAAUAAAUUAUAAUAAUUACUUGGUAGCUGAACAUUAAAAGUAAUAAGUAGUUUUAUUUUAACUAAUUUUUGUUAUAAUUAGUUGCAUUUAUUGAUUCGAGCAAAGUCAGACUACAGAAUGUCAAAAAGUUAUUUAGUAUUCAAACAUUGUGUAGAAUUAUUUAAGCAAAGGCAUUGUAGCCCGGUGAAUAGCUCAAUCUAUAUAACCGGUUAUUGUGGAUUGUGUAUAUUUAAUUUAUUUUAAUUUGGAAAGAAAAUUACAUAUACCUUUAAAUUUUAAUAAUUACAAAGUCCUUUAAAAAUUGGUAGACAUAUUUUAAAUAAAACAUUUAGUGAUGUAAUACCUUAAGUUUAAACACUUGUUGAAUUACACUCGAGUUUUGUGAUUCUUGAAUUAUUCUGAACACAUGUUAGUGGGUUUAAAUGUUAUACAAUAUGGACGAACAUUGUUUGCAUAUCUUUUUAGUUGAUUCCUUAAUUGAGGACAGGGUAUUUACUAACUUUUUACUGUGUGUAGUAAGUGUUACUGUGAAGUGUAGAAUUAAUGUAUAGAAAGACGAGCUUUCGAGUGGGGUUUAUACUGGUGAGGAAAAAGCUGUACAGUAUCAAAUUUGUAACAAAGUAUUUUACAAUAAUGAACGCACUUUGUUUGGAAACGUGAAUGUGUAAUCUAUAGAUUAUCUUGCGUAUUGUGAUAAAUUUAAAGUAAGUAAUCGUUUUUGUAUCAAUAAAAAUAUAUUCUUUAAAGAACAUGCAUUUAUAUAAUGUAUGAAUUUGUUUAUAUACAUUUCGUAGGUCAUUUACAAGAAAACAUUAAUUCUAUGUAGGCUUUUGUACUGUGCUUUUUUGUUUUAUCAUCUUUUUCAUUAUGUAGCCUAAUUUGUACUUUUUUGUAAAGUUAAAAAUAUAUGUACCAUGAGAAUUUUACAUCAGGAGGGCAUAAACUCCCUCUCAAUUAUUGUAAUAUUUAAUAUUCCUAUAGUUUUAAUUAUUUUUAUACACACUUUUUGUAUUUAUAUGUAAGUAUGGAUUACUUAUGAUGUGCCACAGCAUUGUGCUAAAGUCGUGUCAAGCACAACUCGUGCCGUAACCCUUUAGUCAGCUGGACCAGUCUGGCGCAGAUAGUUAUUUAUAUCCUAACCAAUUUAGUUAUUAGCUGUACUCUAUAUUUUAUUUACAGUUUUGAACACUGUACUCCUAUUUUAUUCAUGUUGUGUUAUGUUGUUAUUAUUUCAUAAGUUUAAUUAUGUAAAGUACAAUGUU